GGAAGAGAAGCCUGGUGAACCAGGAGAUGCGUCUUUCCAGAAAUAAAAAAUGUAAGAAAUACACAAAAAUAAGCCGAGAGCGGCGGACGGCGUCCGGACGCCUGGACUGCUUUAUUCACGUCUGUUUUCCCUCGUCCGGAAGAGAAGGACUCAAAAUGAAAGUACAGCUGUGUCUGAAAUGAAUGGACAGGCACAUCAUCAUCUGGACGGGCGCUACCGCAUCUUCUUGCGCCGGAGCUCUGUGGGGCUGGUGAGCUCCAGUCCGUUGCCGAUGGAGCCACAGGCCACCAUGGAGGAACCUUCUGAGAGCCAGGAGUUCGCUGAGCUGUGGCUGCAGAACCUCAUGGGGCAGACACCUGAAGAUAGUCCAUGGGUAAACGAGGAGUUCCCGGAGGAUCUUCAGAGCAUGCUGGUGCAGCCUCUGUUCGACGAAGUUUCGGCCGAGCUCCCCCAGCCGUCCACGUCCCCGCCUGCCUCCACCGUUCCUGUGGCGACCGACUACCCCGGAGCUCACGCCUUCACGCUGCGCUUCCAGCAGUCCGGGACGGCCAAGAGCGUCACCUGCACCUUUUCUCCGGAGCUCAAUAAGCUGUUUUGUCAGCUUGCAAAAACCUGUCCGGUGCAGAUGGAGGUCAGCUCCCCUCCUCCACCGGGGGCAGUGUUGAGGGCCACAGCGGUGUAUAAGAAAGCAGAGCAUGUGGCAGAGGUGGUCCGCCGCUGCCCCCACCAUGAGAGGACACCCGAGAACAAUGACGGCCUGACUCCUCCUGCUCAUCUGCUGCGUGUGGAGGGAAACCCCCGGGCACAGUAUCAUGAGGAUGACAACACUCUCCGCCACAGCGUGCUGGUGCCCUACGAAGCCCCACAGGUUGGCUCAGAGUACACCACCGUGCUCUACAACUAUAUGUGUAACAGCAGCUGUAUGGGUGGGAUGAAUCGGAGACCCAUCCUCACCAUCAUCACCUUGGAAACUCAGGAUGGUCAGCUGCUGGGCCGGCGCUCGUUUGAGGUCCGUGUCUGUGCGUGUCCUGGUCGGGAUAGGAAGACUGAGGAGAGUAGCUUCAGGAAACAACAGGAGGCCAAAAACACCAACAAAACACCGGCUACCAACAAACGCUCCCUGAAGGAGCCGACCUCCCGCCCUGAGGCCAGCAAGAAGGCCAAGACCAGCGGCAGCAGCGACGAGGAGAUCUACACGCUGCAGGUUAGAGGUCGAGAGCGUUAUGAGUUUCUGAAGAAGAUUAAUGAUGGUCUGGAGCUCAGUGACGUGGUGCCCCCUGCUGACGCUGAGAAGUACCGCCAGAAGCUUCACUCGAAGAGCUCGAGGAAGGAGCGAGACGGAGCUCCUGAACCGAAACGAGGGAAGAAGCUGCUGGUGAAGGAGGAGAAGAGCGACUCGGACUGAGCGAGAGAGAGACUCAUUCUUUUUUAUGUCCUUUUCUUUUUGGUCAAGAAAGAUUUACUGUCUAUG